GUGGCUUCUGUUUUUCAAGGCUACUGUUUUCCAUCUCCUCGCUUAAACACUGUACCUUCUUGAAGUAUGGAAUUUGUAUGGAAACGAUGGUGGUUUCAGCUGGGCUGUAUAUUGAUAGUGAAUUUGGUUUAUGCCAAUCUAGAGUAUCAAAAAGAAACUCCUCCAAGCCUGCGUGAGAUUGACCAUCAGUGCUGGGAGGUAUCGUCCCAUGGGCUGGUGGAAAUGAAGAAACUCAAGGUAGCAGACACAGUCAUUGCUCUCUGGGACUUCAUGAUGUUCCUAAAGGAGUCCCCUAAGCCCAAGCACAAUGAACUCUUCAAUGAUUUAGCCCAGAACUUCUGGGACAUGUAUGUAGACUGUGUGCUCUCAAGAUCCCACGGAAUGGGCAGAAGACAAUUAACAUCUCCCAAAUAUUCUUCCACAUACUCACACAGAACUUUAGAAGGGUCUGCUUUCACCAAUCCAUUUUAGGCCAAAAGGGGAGAAAAUGAAGAUACUUAAACAAGGCAACAUCAAAACGAAGGAGUACAAAAUCACAAUAUAUACUAUAGAUGUUUGGACAAAUCCUUUGCCAUGGUUCAAUCUUUUUUUUUUUUUCCCUUUUCUUUUUGCAUAAAGUACUUAAUCACUCCAAAACUGAUAAGUACAUGAACCCCAACACUAUCACUUUUGCUUUCCUGUGUUGCAGCCUACCAAGCUUGCCUUUUCCUCAGUGCAUGUGUGAAUGUGUUCCGGGUCAACACCUUUGUUUUCCCAUGUAAACUUUAAAGUCUGGAUGUGUCAUAUUUUUGUGGA